AUGCACCACCACCCCAAGGUUGUCUACAGAUUGGCUUGGGAUACAAGGACAAACUUAAAGCUCUUGAAUGAUAGGCACAUGACAGCUCUUGACAUUACAGAAAGCACUUUGGAAACUAUUGCAUCAUAUCAUGGGAGGCUUACUUGGACGGUAUUGAAAUCUGCUUUCGCACAGCGAGCUCAGAGUUUGCAUGUCCUCCAAAGAAAAAAACAGAGAUCGCCACAAGUAGCAGACAAUGGUGGAGGUUCGACUGACUUGAAGUUACCAAACGAGGAAAGCAUUAGGGACAGGGUGAAUACUCUAUUGGUGGUUACCACACUUGUUGCCACAAUGGCAUUUGCAGCCGGUUUCACAAUGCCAGGUGGAAACAACGGUGACGCCCCUCAAGAGGGCAUGGCAAUCUUGCUAACCAACGCUAUGUUCCAAGCCUUUGUGAUUUGUAACACCAUAGCUAUGUAUACUGCCAUCCUUGUUGCAGUCUGUCUCAUUUGGGCGCAGUUGGGGGACUUAAAUUUGGUGGAUAUAGCUCUCCGUCUGGCAUUGCCGCUGUUGGGGAUUGCGCUUACCAUGAUUUCCUUAGCCUUCAUGGCUGGGGUUUAUGUGGUAGUUAGCAAUCUUCAUUGGCUUGCCUAUGUUGUAUUGAUCCUGGGAGUCCUUUUCAUUUUCACUGUCUUAGUAGUUUUCACUCCACUCUUUUGCAAAACUACUUCUGGGUCCCGCAUCUUUCGUUGGAUCACUUAUUUUCUCUUCUGUGUGGAAGUAUGGGCUUCUGGAAGUCACAACGAUGACUAA